AUGAAGCGGCGAGCCUCCACUUAUCAAAUUAACUGCUGUGAAGCGGACGGCAGAGUGGUUAGCAGCAGUCUGAAUGAACGGGAUGUGGCUAAAGGUACGGCUCUCCUGUGCGAGGAGGAGGAGGAAGAGGAGGAGGAAGAGGAACUCUGGUUGGGGACAGAUAAGCUGGAGCUGACGUGCCCUGAGCCUGUCGUACUGUGGAGGAGGAGGUAG